GACAACAGUUUGCACCUUUGACAACCUUCAGUUCCACAUUUUAAUUGAAUGUAUUGAACGCUGCACCAAAACCUACUGGGAAAAAUGAAAGAGGGAUGCUUCGUUGUACAUGAAAUAUAGAACAAUGUUUGUCUGUGGGGCUUUUUUCUUGCUCACUUCUCGCGAGUUGUUUAUAAGUACAUGCAACAUGUAGAGCUAUAUGAAUAAAUAAUGACCACCAACCGCCAAAAGUCAGCCAUAUUUAAAAGCCCACUUCCGAUUAUCAUGGCGAAGUGGUUAUGGCCUUACUCGAGAGUAACAGCUUGUCACUUGAGAUAGAACACUGGCUGCUUUGCUAAGAUGUGGCCUUGAAUACCGCUCUCAAUGAGGGGAAAGCAAGCUCAAUUGUGUGGCGUUUCCUCGAUUUCUCAAAUUCUAAACAAUUCGUUUGGUUUCAAGUAUGAGGACUUGGUUACUGUGUGAUUGAAGGGUCGCUAUCUUCACACAUGACGAGGGAAAGACGUUAUGAGUUUUACUUAUCUCCUUAGCUUGACUAUCGCUCAAGAAAGGGCCUCGAGGAGAGAAACUGAUGCUGAGGAACUAAACACAAACGAAAACAAGACCUGUAUACCUCGCCGUGUACUUAUUACUGUGUUGUACUGCGGUUGUUUCUUUUCUUUUGGGACUACAAUGGCGAUUCUAGGGCCUACAUUGAUCGAGCUAGGUCAUUUAGUUCACCAUGGCUUGGAUAUGAUGAGUUGGUUGUUCUUUACACAGGCGGCGUACGCUCUGCUUGGAGCGAGCGUAGCUGGGAUUUUAUUGGACAGGUCGCCUUAUGUUAUAGAAACAAAAGCUACGCGCAGGCUUUAUAUACAGCACUUGACCAGUGUGAGCAAGAUUUUAUUUUACAUAACUUUUUUCAUUUUAUUUCUCCCCAGAUACGACAUUAAUCGGAAUCUGCUGCUACUGUGUUUUCUGUUAUUGAAUGCCAUUUUCUUGGCAGUGAUUCCUAUGUGCCGAACACUGUGGCUUUUAAUCUUAUCAACAGCAGCUGCGGGAUUUUCGGUCGGAAUUCUGGACACUGCAACUAAUGUACAGCUUAUUGCAAUACACGGAAAAAAGGUUUCCCCUUAUUUGCAGGCUCUUUACUUUUCAUAUGGUUUCGGCGCAUUUGUGAGCCCGCUCAUAGCAGAGCCAUUUCUCAGCGGUACACCCCAUCCAGAUCUCGGGCUGCCGGCGGCCAGGAGAGGGAAUCCGCUACCAUACGGUGGAAUGGGACAUCGCAGUCACCAUAAAUUAUCUCACAGACCAACCAAUCACUUGAGAGAUACGUAUUACCCUGGAUCGGAGCAAUACAAGAGCGAAGUCCAGGUUGCAUACUGGAUUAUAGCUUUAGCACACGUGAGUCUUUCAAAUCUUGUUCUUCUUCUUUACUGCAGUCUUACAUCUUUAGUGCAGUCUUAUUCCCCUACAGGUAAGACCGCGUUAGGUUGGGUCCAGAUACCAGUUGUGAUAGGCCUUGCAUACAUUGUCAUAUCAGACAAGUGGGAGGAGCAUAAAUUAAAAAGAGCUGCUGCUGCCCAAGCAGAAAGUGACCAAAGCGCAUCAGAGGUCCCGGAUACAGACAUAGAAGGUAUUACACAUAAAGUUCACUUGGACAAGGAAACUCUGAAGAAACCCGGUCUGUGUGAUAACCCAAACAAAACACAGAUUCUCUGUAUCACCUUCUGGACUUCAUUUCUAGUUUUUCUUUAUGAUGGAAUGCAGGGGUCCUAUGGAGGGUAUGUUUACACAUACGCGGUAAAGAGCUCCCUUCAUAUGACGUCAGCACAAGGUGCAUUUCUUACCUCUGUGUUUUGGGGAUCACUUGCGUUAGGUCGUCUCAUAUCAAUACCUAUAGCCUUGUUUUUGUCUCCAGCGGUUAUGCUGCUUGUAGAUUUGAUUGGCUGCUUGGUAUCUAGUUUACUAAUGUUAGCGUUCAGAGCAAGUGAAUCUGCGCUAUGGAUGGGAACCAGCACAUUUGGUCUUUUUAUGAGCAAUGUAUUUCCCACAAGCGUGGCACUAGCAGAGCAGUACUUCAAUGUUACAGGCACGGUGACCUGCAUGUUUGUUGUUAGUGCAGCUAUAGGAGAGAUGAUUAUUCCACUCAUCGUGGGCAAAGUUUUUGACUAUGUAGGCGCCAUCAGCUUCUUAGCGGAGGGAUGCAUUUUGUGUUUUGCGGCAUUCGGAGCCUAUUUAGCAGUGCUAAUAAUAGGAAAGGGUGCUGCAUCUCACGACGUCCAUCGGAGAGAAGUGAUUGGAGAGGGAGCUGAAGAAGGAGGGGACGAAAAGAUGCACAGUAACUUAGAACAAGAUUCAGAUCAAUUGGUUUCUAAAGAUGCUUCAGAAGAUAAAACGCCGAACAGAUAACGAACCUAUGAAGAAAAUGACGUACAGUAAUAUCAAAUAGAGUAGACUGGAAACAAGUAACACAAGCUGAGAAGAAGAAUGUUGCUAGCUAUAGGACCCUGGGGGCAAGGUUACAGUCGUAGAAGAUGACUAUGUCACUGGAUGAUUACGUCAUUAGAAGUGACGUCAUGUAAGGCGCCUAUGUAUCCGCAGUGACCUUUAUAAGGAGUUGAUGCCAUUAGUCGCGGCUUAGAGCGUCAAAAAAGAAUCAUUUAACGGUGAUAUGGAAUUACGAGCAUUAAUUAAAAUGGAAGUUUAUGAGAAACUCUGAACCGAUGGCCUCUCUGAACUCGAUAUAUUGAUAUUUGACAAUCCCGCUUGUUAAAAAGAAACAAAAUUUCAUUAUUGCACGGUGGAUAGCCAAUGGAAAUUGUUCGUAGCUUUGCACCGGGUCAUGUAAAGUUGCGCGAAGUUUUGACCAUUUUGGGUUUUAAAUGUGAUGACAUAAGUUACCGUCACCUUCAUCAUCACUGUCAAUGUUGUCCCGACACAAGAGAGGUAGUGACCACUACAGUGAUGUGGCAUUUUCGAAUUAUCUUUGUUUCGAAUGUGGACCAGUGCAAAACGUUUUAUAUAAAAAUAGAAUAAGAAUAAAAUUCCUAUGAAAUGUUUUGCACCAGGAUAUCUUUUAGAUGAAGCAAAAGUAUGACUCGUGAAUUGCUCCAUAUCUUUCAUAUUAGCUUACUACUAGAAGGAUUAAAUCUCUUUUUUCUAUUUCCGCUUUAUCGCGCAACUGACCACGCUAUGUAAACAGCCCAUAUUGAGUAGAAUGCCAACUAUUUUGUACAGAGUGUCAAUAGUUUUGUAUUCACUAUAUGAAAUAAACCAAACUAUUAACAAGGCGUUUCAAAGCUUACGACAAGUUGUGUUAUUACCACAAAUUUCAUAAAGCUGGAUUUUAUCAUUUAACGAGGAACCUGGUAUAUUCUCCCCCCCCCUUUUUUUCCUCCCUUUUAUAUUCAGCAAUCGAUUUCCCCGGAACCAAAAUGUAAUGGAAGUAUUCGAUUGAAAACUGUGAUGCAUACUGUUAAUUAAUCCAUUUCAGUCAUCGUUCAUCUAUCCACCUGUACUUAACUUAUGAUAAAUACUUUGUCUAUGAGGAGAUGCCCGCGAAAAUUUUAACUAAGCAGUAACGCACGAACACUGCGAAGUGCACACCCAGUCCUUACGUGUACGCGUCUCUCUUCGCCCACCAGAAAGGAACGUCUGAUCCUAGGUUGUGGUAUUCUAAGCUUAAACGGUGUUAACGUUUCAGAAAUUAUUUGAUACAAACACGACCGUACCUUUUUGCGGUCGAGCCUUGACCAAUGCGCAGCGCGAGUC